CAAGGACCACCUUAUUCUUCCCUUCCAAGGUAGGUAAACGUUUAUUACCACAUUAAUUGUCCGGGCUACUGUCGAACUUGCAGGUGGAGCCCGCGUCUCAUCGUCAUUUCUUUUCGAUCCAGCGCCCUCUAUGCUCAAGAAUUCCAUCGACGAAGAUCGCCGGCGGCCAUGGCUGGCAAUACUGUAUAUCCACUCUCAUGCAUGUGCCCGGUAACACGGCUAUUAUCCCAUUGGCGAUUUGAUGUGCAUUGUCCUAAUAUGGCAACGCCGUCUAAAUGAACAAGGUGAUCAUGCAAGAUGUCACGAUGUAGCGACCGUUGAGCGAGAUCGGCGGCGAAGGUUAAAUGGGCUCUGGACAGAGACCACAAGAAAUCGUUAGGAACCUGCAGUUCACGACUUUUUAUGCUCCUCAAUGAUGGCUACCAAAGGUUCUCCGCAAGCUGGGGAAGAAUGCAAGUCCCACUUACAGACAACACAACAAGCAUGGAAAACAUCCCGUCUUGCAAAUCCUGUCGUGCUUGAUGGCCAGACGCUUUCUGUGGCUGAUGUCAUUGCCGUCGCCAAAGGGUUCCGCGUGGCUGUGCUCUCCGACGCCGAAAAUGUUAGGAAACAGGUUGAAGACAGUGUAAGCUGGCUCAAGAGUUAUCUCGACAAAGGAUACUUUAUCUAUGGUGUCAACACCGGAUUUGGAGGCAGUGCUGACUCUCGGACCACGGACGUGCAUGGCCUGCAAGCUGCUCUCCUCCAGCUCACGCAAAGUGCAGUGCUAAUUUCUGCGGACAAGGCAGACCAUACGAGCUAUCGGGAUAUUGGUCCUCAUGCCAUGCCAACCGCAUGGGUGCGGGCAACGAUGUUGGUGCGAUGCAACCAAUUGUUACGAGGCCACUCGGGCGUGAGAUGGCAGAUUAUUGAGAACAUUCUUCACUUGCUCAACUCCAACCUCACCCCAAUCAUCCCCCUCCGCGGAUCGAUCUCGGCGUCUGGUGAUCUGAUGCCGCUGUCAUAUAUAGCUGGCGUGCUGGAAGGAAACCCGGAUAUUUACGUUCGCCAUGACGAUUUCACAGAAUCGUCCAGCGUGAUGUCUGGAGAUCAGGCUCUGAAGCGUGCGAAGCUCGAACCGCUCAUUUUGGGGCCCAAGGAAGGCUUGGGUCUUUUGAACGGCGCCGCGGCAGCGGUCGGAGUUGCCAGCAUGGCGACCUAUGAGAUUAACACUCUCGCAGUGGUCUCUCAGCUGAUCAUUGCAAUGUCCUGCGAGGCGAUGUCGGGCAGUGCAACAAAUUACCACCCUUUCCCGGCAGCAGUGCGGCCACAUGGUGGGCAGAAAGAGAUCGCUCGGAACAUUCUGUCAUUUUUGACUGGUUCCAAGAUGGUUGAGACAUUGGAAACAAGAGAUCGCAACCGAGCCGGGCUGUUCCAGGAUCGUUACCCUCUGCGUGGGGCGAGCCAAUGGCUAGGACCCUACGUUGAAGACUGCCAGCUGAGUUUGGACCAACUCAUGAUCGAGUUAAACUCCACACAGGAUAACCCGCUCAUCGAUACCAAGGACAACGAAGUCCAUUUUUGCUGCAAUUUCCAGGCAGCUUCAGUGACAACUGCUACCGAGAAAGGUCGACUUGCGCUGCAGAUGAUGGGUAAGUUGUUGUUCACGGUGUGCUCGGAGCUCAUCAAUCCAGAUCUCAACAAGGGAUUGCCGGCAAACCUGGCCGCAGACGAUCCAGACCUGUCGUUCACAAUGAAAGGCGUUGACAUCAACAUGGCGGCGUACAUGUCCGAGCUCGCUUUCCUCGCGAACCCGGUCUCGUCUCAUGUUCAGACCGCAGAGAUGAACAACCAGGGAAUCAACUCUCUAGCCCUGCUAUCUACACGCUCAACAUUCCAGGCCGCUGAAGUAGUAGGCCUCAUGUGUGCAGCGCACUUGUAUGUCGUCUGUCAGGCCCUGGACCUUCGUGUGCUCCAGAACGACUUUUACAGCAACGUUGCCAAAAUCAUUCAAACGGCCACAGUGGAGACUUUCGUCGAAUUGGACAGUGAUGCUCGUACAAGAUAUGCUGCACGUAUGACUUCGGCCGUCACGGACUCUUGGGCUCAUUCGAACAAGGAGACUCUAGCAACCCGCAUCAGGCAGCUGGCUGGUGCAGUCAUAUCAGCAUGCGUUCAAUCGACUGAUGUAGAUUAUGCGAAGCCGAAUGGAGAGAGAUUUUCACCGGAUCUUGCGCUCGUCAAGGCGUUUGCUGCAAGAAUCUCAAACGAGGCAAGCGCACAGUACAAACAGCUUCGUUCUAAUGCAUUCCAAGACCAGGUCGACGUCUCAAGUCGAUUGGGCACAGGGUCUAGAGUGUUGUAUGACUUCGUCCGGAAAGAACUAAGCAUACCCCUUCAUCGUGGUCGGAUCGAACAUCCCACAAUAGUCCAAGACACCAUAAAACGCGAAAGAAAGACGAUCGGUUCUUGGAUCUCACGGAUCUACGAAGCACUGAGAAGUGGGCAAUUGGAGCGUUACUUAGAAAAUCAUAUGUAGGACGUCUAUCGACAAUAUUGGACUCUCUAAAAGUUUAUAAGCAAUACUCACUUAUAGUUGGCCG